AUGAAGGCGAAGGGGCUCAGCAAGAUCGCGACGGGGCGCCUUGCGAAGGUCAUGGUCUUCAAGGGCAGGAAGGAGAAGACGUCGGGCGGAAUCAAGGCCGAAGGGCUGAUGGUGAACAAGCGCGGCAAGGUCGUCUCCAAGAGGGCCUCGGCGGCGGGAAAGCGGAGGUACAGGAACGUCGAGGGCUGGGUCGAGGCGUUCAUGGCGGCACGCGCGGCCCUGCACGUCAGGGGAUUCGUGGCGAUCAAUGGGAAGACGCUCCAGGGCAAGGCCCUGUACGUCAAAGCGAAGACCAUCCGCGCCGGCCUCGGGGCCGCCGGCGCCGCCCCUGAGCUCGGCGUGAGCGCGCAGUGA